AGGAAAGGAAAGGAAAGGAAAGGAAAAGGCGGUGCAGGCUGAGUGAGAAAAGAGUCAACUAUAGAGCCAUUUCACGGCAAGCUAGUUGCGGGUCAGCUAGAAGUAUUUCCUAGAAUUGUCUUGAAAACUGUUGUUUGUUACAGUGAAUGGUUUCCUGGAGACAAGCCCACGACUUCAUGGAGCGAAGUCUGAGUGUCGAAAGGUCUGGAUCCUGUUGCUACCUAUUGGAGCUUAGCUCAGAACCUGUAUUGAUAACAUCAAAAUCAAGGUGCUUCUGUGGAUCGAUUCCAGAUGCAGUGGAGUUAUGGUCUGGUGCCUGAAUUUGAGAAGUGUUUGCAGAAUGGACCCUGCCGUUAAGUCCCUGGCGGUCCCGCUCCACCUAGCGCCGCGUAACCCGGCCAAAGGUUUCGCCGAUUUCUAAUCUGAUGUCAAAAAUUUUGGGAGCUCUCCAAAGCUUUUUUGCGACCUGGCAGAUCCAGCCAAUCCACCUCCACCCUCCUCCAACAAGCUUUUGCACCUCUCCUUGCCUCAACCAUCACCACCGCUCAACACAACACCUCCAGUCACCGCCCAUCAUGCUUUCCAUCAGAUCCGUCGCGCGCUCCGCGCCCAGAGCUCUCACCCGCCUUUCCCUCAGACAGACCGCGCGCCCCAGUGCCUUCAUCAAGGCCUCAUCAUGGAGCGCUGCCGUCCAGACCCAGCGCGCAUCAGCCUUCUCCAGCUCCGCCUUCAGGAAGUCUGCCGCCGGCGAGACCGACUCAGAGCUCGUCGCCAAGCUCGAGAGCGAGCUCCAGUUUGAGGAGGAGGUGAAGCAGAACGAGCAGCUGCCCGCGAGCGUCAAAGACUUCAUCGACAACAGCCCCUUUGAGCUCCACGACACCCCUGGCAAGGAGGAGGUCAAGCUUACCCGCAAGUUUGGCGAGGAGAAGAUCACAAUCACUUUCUCCAUCGCCGACCUCGCCAACUACGACCCCGAGAUGUACGACCAGGACCGCGCCCUCGAGGACGAGGAGUUCGAAUCCGACGUCCAGAACCCCAACAAGCAGUCCGGUGUCCAGUCCUCCGGCGGCGCUCGCUCCGCCAACGCCGAGGAGCAGCUCGAGGAGGAGGAGGGCGACCUCGACGAGGCCGCUCCCCCUUGCCGCCUGAGCAUCGUCGUCGAGAAGCCCGGCAAGACCCCCGGCGCCCUCAACAUCGACGCCACCGCCCAAGACGGCGCCAUCGUCGUCGACAACAUGUUCUACUACGAGGACGGCAAGCUCGCCCACGCCUCCAACGCCGAGGUCGCCCACGCUCGCAGCGACAUUUACCCCGGGCCCCCCUUCGGCAGCCUCGAUGAGGAUCUGCAGAUCCUGAUGGAGCGCUACCUCGAGGAGCGCGGCAUCACCCAGGGCCUGGCCGUCUUCGCGCCCGACUACAUUGACGUCAAGGAGCAGCGCGAGUACGUCCGGUGGUUGAACAACGUCAAGGGCUUCGUCAACGCCUAAAUUCAAGGUGAAUGAUGGUUUUUGUUUGGAAGGGAAAAAAAUAUGUUGGGAAGAAGAAGAAGACUCAAUGAUGUAUGAUGGCGCGGCGCGCGUGCAAAGUGUAAGAUGAUACGAAAAACCCACACCCUGGAAAAGGACCUUCUUGGCUUGUUCUUAUAGCUGUUUUCCACUCUACGAUGUACCAUAUCAAACCCAUGGCCUGGCUGGCAUGCCGGUUGCCCACAUAAGAAACUGUAAUAUCACAAAAUCCUCCUGCACACAUUGACCGCAUUUGCCCCACUGUCAUUCCCCAAGCUUCAUUCGAUACCAACUUGUUGACGGGCAAUGUCAUCAAGGUUCAUUUAAACCAAGUGGGAGAUGAACAUCAACAUGCACCCAACCUUGGUCGGUCAAAAAGAGAGAGGAGAGG